GCACCGUCCCCGUUAUCCGCUGGUAUAAAAACGAGCAGCAGAGAGACUGGAUCAGCUUCAGACGGUUUGGAGUCUCAGGAAACAAACAGAGGUUUUUUUUUCUUCUCAUCAUUGCCUGCUGGCCCCGUGAGAGUCAGAGAGGAUGUUAAUGAUGAUGAUGAUGAUGAAGAAGAAGAAGGGAUCCAAGUCUCUGGCUGUGGUGGCUCUUCUUCUGGCCUCAGUCAACUGUAUCCUUCCUCCAUCAACAGAUGAUCUUAACCAGAUCUCACUCCAGGGAGAAAAGUAUCUGGAUAAACAGAUUGUCACCGCUGUUAACGGAGUGAAGGAGAUGAAGAGCGUGAUGCAGAAAUCUUCAGAGGACCACCAGAAGUUUUUGGACGCUUUGGAGAAAACCAAGGAGCAGAAAGAUGAAGCAAUACUUACGGCUCAGGAGAUGGAGGCCAAGCUGGAGCAGGAGCAGGAGGUUUGUAACGAGACCAUGAGGGCUCUGUGGGAGGAGUGUAAGCCCUGUCUGAAGAACACCUGCGUAAAAUACUACUCCCGAACAUGCAGCAGUGGAUCUGGACUGGUGGGACGCCAGCUGGAGGAGGUGCUAAACAGGACGUCUCCCUUCUCCAUCUGGAUCAACGGGGAGAACAUCGACGUCCUGGAGCAGGAGGGGCAGCGUCAGAGCAAAGAGCUCAAGAACCUGGAAGAGAAAUACACAGAGAUGGCCGAUGGUGUGGACAGCAUAUUUUCAGACAGUAUGAAGGUGGCUGACCAUGUGCACUACAACCCUCCGGUCUUCUUUUUUCCCAAUUUCCUGGGACCGAGAAGAAGCAUUCGCUCUCUCUUCCAAGAUCGGUUCCACGGCUUCCAGAAUUUGUUCUCCCCCAUGAUGGGCAUGGGUAGGAACUUCUUCAGCUCUAUGGGCUCCAUGAUGGACAUGGACUCAGACACAGCUCCUAACGAAGACGGCAGCGUGAACGAGGACGUGGUCGUCACCAAACCUUUUGGCAACGGCAGGAUGACCUGCAGAGAGAUUCGCCGCAACUCAGCCGGCUGCCUCAAGUUCCGCGACGAGUGUCAGAAAUGCAAAGAGAUCCAGCAUAUUGACUGCUCCGGGACGAAACCUCUGGAGGGCCCUCUGAAGGAGGACCUGGAGGAGGCGUUGGCCAUGGCCGAGCGCUUCACUCAGCAGUACAACAGCCUCCUGAAGACGUUCAAGGAGCAGAUGUUCAACACCUCCUCAAUCCUGGAUCAACUCAACAGGGAGUUCGGCUGGGUGUCGUCUCUGGCAAACAACACCAACGCCAAGGACGACGUCUUCCGGGUUCAGAUGGUGAACAGCACAGACACUGAUGAGAAAAAUCAGUCCGGAGAAACAGAUGUGUCUGUGCAGCUCUUCGACUCUCCACCCGUGAAAUUCAGCGUGCCGAGAGACAUCCCCUGGACCGACCCCAAGUUCUCUGAGGUGGUGGCCCAGCAGGCUCUGGACCGCUACAAGGAAGCCAGCGUUGUGGUCAAAUAAAGUCCCAACCUGUGCUGUGUGCUGACAAGUGAAUGUUCUGGACUCAUCAAAACACACCUGAGAAGAAAUACAACCUGAAGACAACCCACCGGAUCUGUUGUAAAUCCUCUUCAAGUCCUGCUUUUGCAAACAACUCAGUUUAACCUCAAAUAUUUGCAUUGUUACAUUAGAGCUCUUUGUCCUGCUGUAAGAGAAGAUAUCCAGUAGAUGUAGAUAGCAGGCCUACUCAUGUCUAUAGUACCUUCAACAUGAAGGCCUUAAAACAUAUGUGAGCUGGCCUUUGCAAAAAGGGGCCAUAGAACUUCAAUGACUUCUGCUUGUUUCUGUAUAAAUUCAAAACGUAUGUAAUUGAGUCUGGAAGGUUGUUUUUCUCUGCAUUCAGCCUUUCUAAAGCAUAAAGAUUAAACUGAGAUUUCCUUCACCACAGUUAAAAAAAACUAAUAUUUGGUUUGUUGCAAAGAUUUAUAGAAAACUAAAGUAUAGAGCAAGAGAAUUGAAUCCGUUUCCGUGACUAGAAAGACCUGAUCUACCCUUCUAUAGAUCUCUAUGUAGCUGUUAUCUGAGUUGGUGGAAGUGCUUGGUUUCCUGGAGUUAAAUUCAUUGAUUGGAGAGAUUUAAGUUGGGGAACAGGAGUUGAUUAUGUUUAGGAUUGCUUUUUGCCCCUCUGUACAACAGUCUAUAAUGAACGAAUGGAGAUCUAAUAAAACCUGCUCAACCUA